UCCUCAGCUGGUUCACAGUCGCAGGCAGACAGCUGGGCUGGCAGCUCCUCUGGCUCCACAAGACCAAGAGAAAGCCUCCUGGAUGUGGCAGGAGAAAAAGAUGGAGGAGAAGACGAACCCGAGAAAACGCAGGGAGGAUGAGGGCUCCAUCCAGAGCAUGGAACCCAAGGUCACCGAUCUCCAGAAAGAGGUGGGCCUGUUCAGUGGCGUAUGCAUCAUUGUGGGCACCAUCAUUGGUUCCGGGAUCUUCAUUUCCCCCAAGUCUGUGCUCAGCAACACAGGAACGGUGGGGCCCUGUCUCAUCAUAUGGGCGGCCUGCGGGGUCCUCGCCACACUGGGAGCUCUGUGCUUUGCAGAGCUUGGCACGAUGAUCACCAAAUCGGGCGGCGAGUACCCGUACCUGAUGGAGGCCUUCGGCCCCAUCCCUGCCUACCUCUUCUCCUGGACCAGCACGAUGGUCAUGAAGCCCUCAUCGUUCGCCAUCAUCUGCCUCAGCUUUUCUGAGUAUGUGUGCGCACCAUUCUACUCAGGCUGCAAGCCUCCUGAGGUGGUCAUUAAAUGCCUCGCUGCUGCUGCUAUCUUGCUCAUCACCACAGUGAACGCCCUGAGUGCAAAGCUGGGAAGCUACGUCCAGAAUUUCUUCACUGCGGCCAAGAUGGUAAUCGUGGUCAUCAUUGUCAUCAGUGGCCUGGUCCUCCUGGCCCAAGGAAACACAAAAAAUUUUGAAAAUUCUUUUGUGGGUACAUCGGCAUCUGUGGGUGGCAUCAGCCUGGCAUUUUACAAUGGACUCUGGGCAUAUGAUGGAUGGAAUCAACUCAACUACAUCACAGAAGAACUAAGAAAUCCUUAUAGAAACCUGCCCCUGGCUAUCAUCAUCGGGAUCCCGCUGGUGACCAUGUGCUACAUCCUCAUGAAUGUCUCAUACUUCACUGUGAUGACCCCAACAGAACUGCUGCAGUCCCAGGCAGUGGCCGUGACUUUUGGUGACCGUGUUCUCUAUCCAGCCUCUUGGGUUGUCCCACUUUUUGUGGCAUUUUCCACCAUCGGAGCUGCUAAUGGGACCUGUUUCACUGCGGGCAGACUCAUUUAUGUCGCAGGCCGUGAAGGGCACAUGCUUAAGGUGCUCUCUUACAUCAGCGUCAGGCGCCUCACGCCCGCCCCUGCCAUCAUCUUCUAUGGUGUAAUAGCAACGAUUUAUAUCAUCCCUGGUGACAUAAACAGUUUGGUCAAUUAUUUCAGUUUUGCUACAUGGUUAUUUUAUGCAAUGACCGUUAUAGCACUUGUUGUGAUGAGAUUUACACACAAACAUCGCGAAAGGCCUAUCAAGGUGCCCAUUUUCAUCCCCAUCUUGGUGAUUCUCGUAUCUGUGUUUUUGGUUCUAACCCCAAUCAUCACUAGUCCUGCCUGGGAAUAUCUCUACUGUGUGGUGUUCAUACUGAGCGGACUGAUAUUUUACUUCCUUUUCAUCCACUACGAGUUUGCAUGGGCUCAGAAAAUCUCAAAGCCUGUUACCAGUUUCCUACAGAUGUUAAUGGAAGUCGUCCCACCAGAGAAAGACCUUGAGUAACAAGUGAAUCUUGUGUAUUUCACUCAAAACUGUGAAUUUAUUUUUGUAAGCAAUAAUUGUGGUUAUUUCUUAUUCUUUUUCUUACAGAAAAAAGGUGAACAUUUAUGUAUUAUUUUUAGAUAGCCUUAAUUCUGUGGGUGGGCUUCUAAAUAAAUGACAGGUGUUUGCUAACAUUAUCAAGAGAAGACUCACCUAACAGCCAGUAGAAGCAUCCAUAAAACCCACCACCAUUCUGGUGGCAACUAUUUAAUAAGGGCACAUCACAUUUCCUUCAAACAAAGUGGGACUGGGAGUGUGUCACAACAGUAAAGCACUUCGGUGUGGUGCUGGAUUCUAUCACCAGCACUAAAAGUAAAUGAGUUAAAGUCAAGCAUCUUCUGAGUAACUAAUUUAAAGAUAACAAUUCACAAUGUAUUAAUCAUUGUUACUAUAGUAUCUUGUUUUGAAAUUUUGUAUUAUUUUUCUCUAACAUAAAUAAAACAUCUUAAACUGAGUGAUCUAUAAGGUUUUAUAAAAAGCAGGUAAUAUUUUUGCUUUGAGACACACACACCCACAAAUAUGCAUAUGUAUUAGUGGAAAGUAUUUUAAGAUUUUUUAAAGUAUAUUUUAUUCUGACUCUUCCAUACCUCAAAAGUACUGCUUCCUCUGUGCUUAACAUGGGACGCACACAGCAGGUCUGUGCCAGGCUGUGUAACAAGGCCCUCGCUGUGAAGCUGAACACCCCUCCAGAACCACCAGAGUCCUCUGUGACAAAUGUCAGCUUCAUCAUGGAUCAUACUUCCUGCUCUCAACAGCUUUCAGUGGUAUUUUACUCACCAGAAAGCACGGUGAAUAAAAUUUUAUGUUGAAUCUGGCACUUGGGAAAAAUACUGUUUAUAAAAUAUAAAUAGUAAGAUUUCUGGGAGAACACUGAAAUUUUAUUAUUAAA